UUUGAAGGUACGUGCCAACUUAGGGAUGCAUGACAUCUCUUGGUGUUAAAGAUGAGCUCAACUCCAAUGCUUCCUGUAGACAUCUAAUGAAUCUCAGUAACUGAAGACAUUAUAUGUGUCACCUGGAGAAAGAUGAUAAUGGCGGAAGACAAGGAUGUUCUCCGAGAUGUUUGGUUCGGAAGGAUACCGGCCUGUUUCACACUGUCUCCAGAGGAAACCACAGAGAGAGAGGCCGAACCCUACUAUCUGCUCCUCCCACGGGUCAGUUACCUGACGCUAGUCACUGAUAAAGUCAAGAAACAUUUUCUCAGAGUCAUGAAGGCAGAAGACGUGGAGGAGAUGUGGUUUGAAUAUGAGGGAACACCUCUCAAAUGCAAUGUGACCAUAGACUAUAAAUUCGACCAGUUCUGGGCCAUGAAUCGAAAGCUCAUGGAGUAUCCUACCGAUGAGGGAGGCUUCCGCUAUAUUCCCUUUAGAAUAUAUCAGACGAUGAGUGACAGACCGUUCAUCCAGAAGCUCUUCCGACCAGUGUCUCCUGAAGGCCACACGCUUACGUUGGGAGACCUGCUGAAGGAGCUGUUUCCUGCUGCCAUAUGUGUGGAAGAUGAGCCAAAGAGAUUCCAGGUUAUGAUUCACGGCAUUGAACCACUGCUGGAAACACCCAUCCAGUGGUUGAGCGAACACUUGAGCCACCCAGACAACUUUCUCCACAUCAGCAUCAUCCCAGCACCAAGUGACUGAUUCCAGAGGAUCCAGUUGUCCGUUGAUGGAGAAUUAGGGAUAAAAGAUCUGCAGAGAUGUUCUGAUGGCACACCAUUUCUUCCUGUUUUCUCAUUCUCAUCCCUGCAGUGGCUUUAUUGAGCGAUGGUCAUCAAACAACAGAAUCCUGUGCACUUCACAAGACGCUCAUGGUUUAUUUAGAGCUCUCAGAUGGGUCCCGUGUUCUUGCUGCCUUUAAAAUUCUUACAUUCAUAUAUUUGCACAAGCUUGAUGUGAUCGUACUCCCACAUUAACUCUUUGACACUCCCGUUCCCACUCUCUAAUUUGUGAGUAACGUACGCUUAGACUCUCAGAUCUGGUAAUUAUUAGGAGGAAUCCUGUUUGGUGUUUAAUGAGGCCACUAAAGUGCUGUACGUACUACACGACCGCCAUAGGGCUUGAUUAUCAACAUGUUUUAUGGAUGCAUCCAGGUCAGAUGAGGUGUAAAAUAAAGAUGGAAUUCUUGCAUAAAAACUAAAGCAGGAAAAAAUGAUGACUUCGGGAUUUGAGGGAAAAAAAUCGGUGACUUCAUUCACUGGAUUAAAUGUGUCAGUGUCUGGUUUUGGCAGCCGUGUAGGGGGUCACACGGCUCAGUGGAGGUGAUGAUGCCGCAAGCUGAUUAGUCACGGUCCCAAACAAAUGUUAGUGGGAUAUAGCACAAAUGAAGCUCUCUUUCCCAGACACUGCUAAAGAUAUGGUUUGCUUUCUUCUCAUUUUUGGGGGGUUUUCCCAUCUGCUUGGAAAAAGGUUUUUAUUCAUUUAGAGCAAAUAUUUGAUCUUUGAAAUGGGUAUGUAUCGUAUAAAACAUAAAUCAGAGGCCAUACAAAUACAUUAUCAUAUCGCACUGUUUCCAACAAAUUAACCUUACAGUAUUUUUUCCCCUCCUUUAUUUACAACCUGUAGGCAGACUAGCUGUCUGUGUUUAGGGGGAUGUGGGGACUGUAGAUCAGUGCUGCAGACGACACACAGCUGAGAGUGAUUAUUCGUUUAGAGGAAUCGGUGAGUGUUUUACCCCAGACCGAGACAGAGAGACAGCGGGCAAAACCGCAGAGCUUACGCCACCACCAGGCGACUUCUCGGCAGACUGUUCUUGAGACAGUGCUGUUUGUGUACAAACUUUCAGAUGUUUAGAUCAUUCCUUGUAUGACUCUGAAUAAUUACAGAAAGAAGGAUGCUGCAACUCCUCACUACUAAUAACACGGUUAAAAUGAUAAUAACAUGGUUCAAAUGUGCAUGUUCUUGCGUUAUUUUAAUU